AGAUACGCAAAUAGGGAAGGCACCCAGUUAACAAACGAUAAAACGAGCCUCGCCCUAGUUUAUUUAGUAUUUUGACGGAGCUGAGUGCAGUUCUGAAACUAGUUAGGGAAAUUGCCGGAAACUCUAAUAAAAUUAUGGCAACCACCAAGCGACAAACCGUGGAAAUGGCCAAUAUUCAUGUGUAUGAACCAGGUUACGAGGUCCCUUCAAAUACGACCACGAGGCCACAGUCUGACGCGUACGAUGAUGUGCACGAUGCUGGGACUAACAACUAUGAGGCACUGCAGAAGCCAACGAAUGAAGGGGUGUAUGCAGAACUCGGGACUUCGAAGAAAGCGGAAAAGAGAAUUAAAUACCGCCGACUGGCUCUCUACGGUUUUCUGUCUCUUUCUGUUUUACUUAAUGUUGUCUUGGUUGUCGCAUUUAUUGUGGCUACUUCUGAAUACAACGCACGAAACUGUACAUGUAGGAAUCAAGAGCUGACUACCACGUCAGAACCAAGUAGUACUAUUUCAGAAAUAACCACAGAGUUAGAACCGACUACGACGUCAGAAAUGACUACCACGCCAGAAGAAAUAACGUUGCCAGAAUUGGCAUCUCCUUCAGAACCGACUACGUCUUUAGAACCGACUAUGACGUCAGAGCCAAAUGAGACAUCAGAACCACCUAUCACGUCAGAACCAACUGCUUCAGAAUUGGCAUCUUCUGCAGAACCAACUACCACGUCAGAAACAACUACUAUGUCAGACCUGACAACUACGUCAGAAAUGACUACCACGUCAGAAGAAAUAACGUCGCCUGAAUUUGCAACUUCAACAGAACUAAUUUCGUCUUCAGAACCAACUAUGACGUCAGAGUCAACUGAGACAUCAGAACCAACUAUUACAUCAGAUUUAACUACUUCAUACGAUGAUACCCUGUUGUCAAAACCGCCCAGCGCGACAUCAGACCCCUCACCUUAGGGAUGGAGAAAGAAAAAAAAAUGAAAACAAAAUGAACAGUUUGCUACCUGUUUAGUUAUCGAAGACAAACAAAUUCGAAUAGAUGUUAGAUUACAAUUGCGAACAUUCUACGUAAGGAGUUUGUUCCGGUGCAGCUUGACAGACAGCCUCCCAUGUUAGAAAGUCCGCUUCCCAUUCAUUUGUACAGGUAAACCUCGCCCACGUAGGUCAGGCUCACCCUUACCAGUAUAAUAAGUAAAUAAAGUAAAAUCUGAAAACACUGGAGUUGUAAUAUUUAUAAAACUGCAAAGAUUUUUCAUAAUACCAGGAUAUAUUUUAUUAUUGUGUGUUUAAAUUUUGCUUUUAGAACAAAUAUUCAUCUUGUAUUACCAUAUCAUCUAGGUUGUAAUGUUCACAACUAAUGUUCAGAACUUAGAAUUUUGCUGCAUAAUAUUUUUGUAUUCUUAACAAUUUUUUCAUGUGAAGCAACACAUAAUAAACAAUUUGAAAGAAUUUUGUAAAGUUAUGCUUAUAAAUAGUCACCAAAAAGUGACGUGGACGAUAUAAAAAUAAUCUUGAUAAUUAAAAAGGGUCUAUUGUUGUUUAGCCCCCAUAAAUAUGAUAUAACCAAAUCUGUUUAUAUUUAAUCUAGCAUAUGAAAAGUCUUGCAUCAAAAACAAAUUCAUCCCGGUUAUUAAAAAUGUAAAAAAAAAAGAUCAUGUUAACUUCCAAGUGGCCAAAGUUAAUUGCCAGUGCCCAUCCAAGGCACUUGUAUCUAAAAUGCAUUGCUUUAAAAUUUUCUGUCCAUUCGAAGUAAAAAUAACCCAAAGACCAAGCAUUCUACAAGUUCAAUUAAGUAUGUUCACAAAUGGUUUUAUAUAAGAGAAAACAGUGACCUUGACCAAGACCCAGUGACCUGCUAUUCAUUAGGACACGACUCAUGCCCACUUGCCCUACCAAAUACUAGAAUCCUAGAACACGAUAUUUUAAUAAAGUAGUUAAAUGUAUAUACAGCAGAAAUAAUUAAAAAUGAUUUCCCCCAAAAAUACCAACUUUGGGGUUGUUAUCAAUACAACAAGAACUUUUGAAAUUUGAUCUGGAAUGAUCAAUUUCAGGCUAAUAUGUUGAUACAAUUUUUUAGCUGAAAUCCCUGUGAAGAUGGAGAUAUAUGCAAUUUAAUAUGGCAGUGUCAAAAGCAUACUUUUGGGGGAGGGGUGUUAUAAUUGGGAGUGGCUUGUCCAUGAUGUGUGUAACCUAAAUUCUGCAUAUAUCUGUGGCAAGUCAAAUAGUUUUUAAUUUCUGUUAUGUUAUUAUUUUUUAGUUCUCACCAUAUUUGUUCCCUUUGCAUUACAUGUACUAUCGUUUUACAAAGCUGAAAUUGAGGCUCAAAGAGACAAUAUAAGCCAUGACCUAUAACCUCUUAAGAAAAGAUAUUUUGGGAUUCUUUCCUAACUCAUGAAUAACUUCUUAAUGUGCAUUCAUAUAACAAUUUGAGCAAAAGCUUUACUAAUUUAAAUGGGUAUUUUAAUAUUGUUGUUAUAUAUUAGCUAAUAAUUGUUAAGAAAAGCUUCUAUUUCAACUUUGUAUUGGAAUGUUCUGCUCAGGCAUGAUAAAAAAUGAGACCAUUGAUACCUUUACUUCAAAUAAAUACAAUUAAUUUUUUUUAUUUAUAAAACAGACGUGUCCGCCAUAUAUCCCCAUGUGCAAACAAACAUCAUUCUUCUUAAAAUUCUUAAUUCCUUUUCGUAUUAUAACUGAAACAUAAAGAUAUAAUCUAUGGAUUCAUUUCCAAUAAUCCGACUCCGUUGAAUGCAAUCAGUUCAACAGACUGACACUCCUCUUGUUUCCAAUGUUCACCAGCUUUUUCUGCAUUCUACCCAGAGCCAAGAGAAUGCGUGAGGGUG